AUGUUUCUAAAGGAAAUAAUUUUAUUAUGGUUGGGUAUAAACAAUAUUCACGCCCACCCAAACCAUCCAGUUGUUAUUAAUACUUGGGCGUUUGUAAACUCUUCUAUUGGAGCUUGGAAUGUAUUGGAAAAGGGUGGGUCGUCGCUGGAUGCAAUUGAAAUUGGAGGAGGUGUUUGUGAAAGCCAGCAAUGUGAUGGUACUGUCGGAUAUGGAGGAAGCCCUGAUGAGGAUGGCGAAACUACGCUUGAUGCGCUUCUCAUGAACGGAAAAACUAUGAAAGUAGGCGCAGUCGGUUCUCUGCGUCGAGUGAAAAAUGCUAUAUCCGUUGCGCGACAUGUUUUAGAAUAUACGAAACAUUCUAUUUUAGUCGGAGAUCUUGCUACCAAAUUUGCAGUUCAAAUGGGAUUUAAAGAAGAAUCUCUUACUACACAGCAAUCAAAGAAUAUUUGGAUGAAAUGGCGCAAUGAAAAUAACUGUCAACCCAAUUUCUGGAUGGAUGUCAUUCCUGAUGCAAAACAAUUUUGUGGACCAUAUCAACCAAAGGAACGAUCACAUCAGAAAUCUAAUACGAUUAAGGGAGAUAGAUUUAAUCAUGACACUAUUGGCUUGGUAGCUAUUGAUAAAAAUGGCGAUAUAGCUGCUGGUACAACUACUAAUGGGGCUAAAUACAAAAUUCCUGGGAGAAUUGGUGAUUCUCCUAUUCCUGGAUCUGGAGCAUAUGCUGAUAACGAAGUUGGAGGGGCUGCCGCGACUGGUGAUGGGGACGUUAUGCUAAGAUUUGUUCCUAGUUUUUUGGCAGUAGAAGAAAUGCGAAGAGGGGCAACACCAACAGAAGCUGCAACAAUUGCUAUUAAAAGAAUAGCAAAAUAUUAUCCCAACUAUAUGGGUGCAGUCGUGGCGUUGAGGAAGGAUGGGGAAUACGGAGCAGCUUGUCACGGUUUGGGUGAUAAGCCAUUUCCAUUCGUCGUUCGCGAUACUUCCAUGGACAAAUCCAAAAUGGUUUUUAUUGAAUGUCCUUAA